AUGGGAUUUGAAAUCAAAAGAUUUCAAGGUGACGUUGAUGAAGAACUCAUUUGUCCUAUUUGUUCAGGGGUUCUAGAGGAUCCACUUCAGGCUCCUGCUUGCGAGCACGCGUUUUGUCGUGCCUGUAUAACUGAGUGGAUCAGUCGCCAGCCCACCUGCCCCGUGGACCGACAGGCAGUCACCGCGAGCCAGCUCAGACCAGUUCCCAGAAUACUACGUAAUUUAUUAUCAAGAUUGUGUACAAGCUGUGACAACGCACCACAUGGGUGCAACGCUGUAUUAAAACUGGAUUCACUUGCGUCCCAUUUAGUUGAAUGUGAAUACAAUCCCAAAAGGCCAAUGCCAUGCGAAGCAGGAUGUGGACUUGUGAUACCGAAAGAUGAACUGGCUGAACAUAAUUGUGUCCGUGAACUACGGGCCCUUAUUGCAACGCACCAAGGAAAAUUAAAUGACUAUGAACAGGAGUUAGCGGAACAGAGACUCGUCAUAAAUGAACAUAAACGGGAACUGGCAUUAUUAAAAGAAUUUAUGCGAGCGAUGCGUCUGUCAAAUCCUUCAAUGCGAGCGCUUGCCGACCAGAUGGAGCGAGAGGAAGUGGUGCGCUGGGCAAACUCACUGUCGCGCGCGAGAGUCACACGCUGGGGCGGAAUGAUAUCCACCCCUGAUGACGUCCUACAGAUGAUGAUCAAACGAAGUUUAUCAGAGUCUGGCUGCCCCCCUCACAUAAUAGACGACCUAAUGGAAAACUGCCACGAACGACGGUGGCCUCCGGGCCUCUCAUCACUUGAAACCAGACAAAAUAAUAGGAGGUUAUAUGAAAAAUAUGUUUGUAAAAGAGUGCCCGGGAAGCAAGCAGUGCUCGUGCUACAUUGUGACAACACGCACGUGGACGAGCACAUGAUGGUGGAGCCCGGCCUCGUCAUGAUCUUCGCGCACGGCAUCGAGUAG